GCAAGCAGCACCGUGAUGCAGAUUCUACAACGGUUUGGGUACCUUCGGAAACUUUCAUUUGUUCAGCAUAAAUCAAGAGAUGUGAAUGGCUUGUAUCCUUACGGACUAUCCGAUCCACAAAAACUUACGCCACCACAAGGGGAAAGUCACGAUAUACUUACAUAUCACACCGUUUACAAUCGCACAAACAUAGUACGUCUACUUACAUCGGAAGCUAAAUUCGUCACGAUACUCAGAGAACCGUUUGAGCACUUUAAAUCUAAUUUCGCAUUCUACGGCUUCAAAAAGGCCUUUAAUAUCACUGCUGCAUAUCCUAUAAAGGAGUUCCUGGAAAAGCCGGCAUUUUACGAUAAGUUUAAACAACUAACGAAUCCGAUGGCAUUAGACCUAGGUUUCUCUCAAAAAUGGCUGCGCCCAUCUCAGAAGAAUAAGAUUUCUAAUAUCAGCAAACAGUUUAUACAUAAUAUCUCUCGGGACUUUGACCUUGUAAUGAUAUCAGACCACUUUGACGAAUCUUUGGUGCUUUUGAGGCGUCUGAUGUGUUGGGACUUAAAGGACGUUUUGUACUACAAGUACAACAACUAUAAUUAUUCUUCAGAAUAUGAUACCAGUUCUAUCCCACAAAGACUACGAGACAACCAUAAAGAGUGGGCUGCCAUGGACUAUGCCCUAUACAAAUACUUUAACGAAACACUCUGGAAGAAAAUAGCUACUGAAGACGACUUUGCUGAGGAACUGUCGCAUUUUCAAAGCGUCGAACGGAAGAUGCGAAUUCACUGCAACUCCGACUACUCAGUCAUGGAACCCAUUUUCAUCUCAGAAUCUCCCUGGAAUUCAGCUUUUAAGAUUGACUCGGAAUUUUGCACAUGGGCAAAAACGUUUCACUUAUGUUACUAUUACCUAAUUAGAGACAGAAACAGCAGGUAUCAAGACAGGCUGAAGCGUGAUCAUGGAACGGUUCCAAAAGAUGGUCUUUUCUUUUCGCCGCCAUACUGCAGUACAGAAUGCGAUAAUAUAAAGGCGCAAUGCUCCCUAAAUGAAUAUGUGCAGCACUGUUACUUGGAAGGAUUUUUGAUGAAGUCUCAGUCUAGUUCACAGAAGAUAAAGCAUCUUGGGCAUGGAGGGAAAGCCAUACCUCUUCAGUAGCCUCCAGCUACUGAACAGCUAUACAAUAAACAUAGCACUCCGUAUAUGGUUUGCUGUAAACUUUAUGCAACAUAUACGUAUAUCCAAUGCAAUUUCAGGGCGACGAAACCGGAUAGUCGAAGUCUCACGUUAUUAGUUUGGGGCUUUUUUAAACGCUAAUGUAUGAAAUGAUGACAGAUUUCCGCACAAAAUAUUUUUGUUUCUACGUCCCUGAAAUUGCACCAUUCCUAUUCUGACAUUUUGGGUCAUUCUAGGAACGGGGAUCGACA